CCCUGCUGUCCAUCUCAUUCGCUGAGCAGGUCCGUGAAUUGUCAGCGCGCUCCAGGCAGCUGUUGAGCCGGGGCGGCCGCCAGGUUUGUGCUCCCUCAGAGGUGCCUGCCGGAGCCAAUGUGCCCCGGUGGGCUAGGGCGAGAGCUGUCGCCGAUUCCGGGCAACUUGGGAUUCAGGACCCGCAGCAGGGGCGUCGGUUUGCCAUCUGGACUCGUCGACUAGGAUGGAAAUCCUGUAUGAAUGUGGAAGCCAUUAGCAGAGUAAUUGCCAUCCGUUACCAUGACAACCAGCCGCUGCAGUCACCUGCCCGAAGUGCUGCCAGACUGCACCAGUUCAACUGCACCCGUGGUGAAGACCGUGGAGGACUGUGGCAGCCUAGUGAAUGGGCAGCCGCAGUAUGUCAUGCAAGUUUCAGCCAAGGACGGGCAGCUGCUGUCAACAGUAGUGCGGACCCUUGCCACCCAGAGCCCCUUCAAUGACCGGCCAAUGUGCAGGAUCUGCCACGAGGGCAGCAGCCAAGAGGACUUGCUCUCUCCAUGUGAAUGUACAGGGACCCUGGGGACAAUUCAUCGGAGCUGCCUGGAGCACUGGCUGUCAUCCUCAAACACCAGCUACUGUGAACUCUGCCACUUCAGGUUUGCAGUCGAGCGCAAACCCAGGCCGUUAGUGGAGUGGCUCAGAAAUCCAGGCCCCCAGCACGAGAAGCGGACUCUGUUUGGAGACAUGGUGUGCUUCUUGUUCAUCACUCCUCUGGCCACCAUCUCGGGCUGGCUCUGCCUACGGGGCGCCGUGGACCACCUGCACUUUAGCAGUCGGCUCGAAGCCGUCGGACUAAUUGCACUCACUGUCGCACUCUUCACUAUUUACCUCUUUUGGACACUAGUGUCAUUUAGGUACCACUGUCGAUUGUACAAUGAAUGGCGUCGGACCAAUCAGAGGGUGAUUCUCCUCAUUCCAAAGUCUGUCAACGUCCCUUCUAACCAGAAGUCCUUGCUGGGCCUCCACUCUGUCAAGAGGAACUCAAAGGAGACGAUUGUUUGAUGUUCGUGUGUUUGGUUGGUUGCUUUGUCGUUUGGGGUUUGGAAGUUUCUGCACUGGGGCCAUGCACUGAGCCACCCCGAGACCCUUCCUCGAGCCCGUGGGUCGAAGAACAUCCAGAGCCAUGUUAUCACGUCGCCCUGAGCAACAGACUCUGCCUGAAGAAAGCAAAUCGCUCUCUGACUUCAAAUCAUGGAUGCUGCAAUCAUAUGAUAUUUGCUAAGCUGCCAAACAUGUUUAUUUAGCAGAUACUGUAUGGAAUUUUCUGAACACCUCUUUAACAUAUGAGGAAGGUUGUCCUGCUAAGGAUGCAAUUCAAUUCUUCCUUUUUUAUUACUAUUUCAAAUAUAUAUAUAUAGAUAUAUAUAUAUAUUAAACUUAGAUGAUAAUCGAAGUUGAAAAGCCAAUGUUAAAACUGAUUUCAUGGUUGGUUUGGAUGGGUUUUGUUUGGGUUCGUUGGUUUGUUUCCCAGUUUCUACUGUAGAUUCUUUGGGGUAAUUUGAUAGCUUGAGUGGUCUUUUCCAUCUCUUCCAUGUCCCUUACUCAAGGGGACACCGUAACAGCUGCAGGACAAGUCAUAUUUGAAGGAUGUUUUGUACUAAACUUCAUUUAAUUAUUCAGUUUUUAAAGGAAAAACAAGCGUGGCAACUCUCCCCACAGUGAACUGUUUAUUUAAAUUUCAUUGAGGAGAAAAACAAUUUAUGGUGAGAAGCACGCUCCUUUCAACUUGUUUGGUAAUGACAGCUGAUAGAAGCUAUUUUCUAAUAAUAAAUAUCCAGUGUGUGAAAGACAAACCCCCACUGAUUGCAAUACUAUUUUUUUUUUAAUCACAAAACCUGUGAAGUUUCCCAAAGUAGAUUUGAAAAAGGAAAAAAAAAGCAAAAACAAGAAGGUUGGUGCUCCUAUUCCCAUUUCAUUUAGCGCAUGUCUUAAUUCUUCAUUCGCAUUGAACUGGAGGAUCAUUAGACAUUUCUAGGAACCCUGGACCUGUUUUGCAUAUCAAUUAGCAUUCCCAUUGCUCUGCCAAAUUUCCGGCUCGACAGGUAGAUGUGGCCAAAAAAAGCCUGUCCGAGUAGUCUAAGACCCCUUUGUCUGAUUUUCCAAAAAAAAAAAAAAGCCCCACGCAGUGCCUUCCCCCAACCAUGAGCCAAUUCUGUCACAGGCUGAAAUAAGCUUUUUCCAAGGGCUCCAUGUCCCUCGUUUAUCCAUCGCAGUGUAAAGGGUCUAGACUGCUCCCUGCCUAUGUGUGUCCACGAAGCCAGGGAGCAGACAUGCUGUCUGAGGAGAGCACUCGCUCAGAUUGGCACUCAGGCUCCCAUCCGCCCACCUGCCCACAGCCCUGCAGAGAAGGCGGAGCCCAGCUUUGGGGAAUGCUUAAAAUAUGGAUUUCUAGAACAUGACCCACAUUGCAGCUAUCACUCCAGCAUCUGCCUCAUGCUCCAGGAGGUGCAAAGGAACAGGCAGUGAGGACGGUAACGAUUUUUGUCUGCAGAUUGAUCAAGCUGAUGCAGGUGUCGCCUUUGUCUGGCGAGCCCUCCGUUCACAGACCGCUCCCCGCGCUGCCCGGGGGAGAGAAACAGCUGUACUGCUCUCCGCUGCAAAACUCAGAUGUGCUUUAUGGCCUGUGACAAUAGGUUUCCCCCCACCACGCUUCACUUCGACACUUCAAUUCCAGUAAUAUACGUCUCAGCCCUUCUGUUUGCUCGGCCCUGCUCACCCCUCUGGGCUGUCAUUAGCUGCACCACCAUCAACCGUUUCUUAAUUGACCUUUCUAAAAUGCUGGACACCACUGGCUGCACGCAGCUGUCACACAUUAAAUUUCCAGAGCCAAGAGUCCAGCUUGGUUGCGUGUGAAUUGCAACCCAGUAAUAUAGUUGACAAACGAUGCCCACCCAGCCUUGGUCCCCGAGCUGUCAGGUCAACCAGCCUCUCAACGGAGUGGUGCAAACAUUCAUGAGAGAACCAUGCCCUUUCUGCUCCGUUUUUUCCAUGAAUUAAGGAAGCAGUAGAUUCCCAGGAUCAUUUCCUGCUGAGGUUGGCUGCAGAAAAACCCUGCUGUCUUGGUUCAUGAGAUGAGAUGUAAUGAAGCAAAAUAUCAAAAGCAGGCAGGGGGCUUCCCUGGUGGCGCAGUGGUUGAGAGUCUGCCUGCCAAUGCAGAGGACACGGGUUCGAGUCCUGGACUGGGAAGAUCCCACAUGCCGCGGAGCAACUAGGCCCGUGAGCCAUAAUUACUGAGCCUGCGCAUCUGGAGCCUGUGCUCCGCAGCAAGAGAGGCCGCGAUAGUGAGAGGCCCGCGCACCGCGAUGAGGAGUGACCCCCUCUCGCCGCAACUAGAGAGGGCCCUCGCGCAGAAACGAAGACCCAACACAGCCAUAAAAUAAUAAAAUAAAAUAAAAUAAAAUAAAAAGCAGGCAGGUCCCUCCCUGGCAGCUUGCUGGGGCUUCCGGGCUGUGAAGGUUGGCACGGUAGUGCUGUGCCUGGGCCACGCCUCUCUCCCCCCAGUGCACACUCCCACCCUGGGAAAUUAAGCAGAGUCCACGUGCAAGGAGUGGGUUGCAUGUGGGGUGGUGGGCAGGACACCCUGGCAGCCAAGGGAGGCAUCAAUGCCUCCCUGCCCAGUGAGAGACUCUGAUCUCCACAGCACCAGGGCCCAUCCGGGGUUCUGAAAGCUCUUGGAGGACACUUCAUCCCCUCUUGGCCCUUUAACCCUGAGGUCAUUCAAGGCGGGAGAGUCCGGGGACUGCAACAGAAGCACAAGACACCAGCCAAGAGGACAGAGGCAGCGGGAGCUUCGGUCCAGGCUCUGCGUAUGUCAACAAGCCACGCAGCACCUGUCCGAAGGUGGAUGCAUUUGCUAACCGGGGUGCUGCACGAGUUACCGGUGGUCCUGCUAGCCUCGUUCUCUCUCGCUCUCUCUGCUUCUUUCUCUUUGAAAGAUCCAGAAUGAAACAGGAAAAGGAGCGAGGAGGGGCAGGUAAAUGAUCCUACGGGUUCACUGCUUCCCUCCACCGACCCCUUUACACAGUCCUCUCCCCGCGUCCCUCGCCAUAUCCUGUCUGGACCAUUUUUCUUGAGAAUAUUAGAUGGAGACAAACGUGUGUCACAGUGAAGCCAGAGAGGAAAGUAACAACAGGAUCAAGUGCAGGGCACUCUCACUGGCCCCUGUGUGUACUCACGUGCUUGCCUGUUUCUCUUCUGGGGAAGGACAGGAACACAGAGCGUUCACACGAAUUCUCCAGCUCCUCAGAGAACUGAGCAGAAGCUCAGACGAGCUGUAAA